AUGUCCCGCACAUCACGCUCCUUCAACACGAGCCUGCGUGAUGCCCUGAUGGCACAGGCCUCUUCAGUCGGUCAUCUCACCACCAUCCCUCCCUGCUCCACCAACGGCGUGAGGGGUACAGAGGCUGGGGUUGGAAGCAAACGUUCCACUCUGGUGGAGAGUGAAGCAGCUUCGCUGGAAGCGCGUCGACUCGCCAGUUUCCCUUCUGGUCAGCCGCCAGACGCCACCUCGGUACCCGCCAUUGAGCGCUACGAUUGGCCGGCGCCAGCCUCCACUGCUGUUAUGACUGCUGAACUCAAAUGA